UGCAAGUGGCAGCGAGCUGCAGGAUUAUCCGUGUGUGUCCUGCACCGAAGUGUUCACGAGCAACCUGCCAACAAGCACCAGUGACUGUCUGUCCACACAUCCGCGACGGAGCAGAGCUGACGGAGAAUAACCCCGCAGCCAGGAGCCCUUCGCUCGGGCCACAGUCUGGUGUUUGUGUGUCUGUUCGGUCCCCAAGGCUUCAACAAUGGCUCUGUCAUUCCUUUUGGUCUUGGCUGCCACCGUGAUCCUUAUCAGACCUGAGACACCUUUAACUAAGGCCUUACAUCAGAACUCACUUGAGUGCUGCAGUGACAAACUGAGAGGGAACAACUCGUGUUCGAACGACACGCACUGUGAACCCGAUCUUGUGAUUUUAAAGACCAUGAUUCAAGGCUGCUUCCUGCGUGUCCUUGAGAACAGCAACACUGUUUGUAUCAUCUGUGACUCCGCAUCCGUGGACCUUGAAAACAUAACAGUGUGCACCUACAACUACACAAUGGAGCGGAAGAAUCACACAACUGUAACCACUGUCAUUCCUAAAAUUGGAGGGCCAGGCGUGGCAGCGUCUCUUCUCCUGGGAACACUGUUGAUCAGCCUGUUCCUUAUUUUGUCCGUUGCCUCCUUCUUCUACCUCAAACGCUCCAACCGACUUCCAGGCAUCUUUUACCGUCGCAACAAAGCCUUCAUUUUCCAACCAAGUGAGACAGCUGUCAUGAUUCCCUCCUCCUCAGUGAGAAAACAAAGAUAUGUCAGAAGGGAGCGUCCCUCUGCGACAUCAACAGUGAAAAGUACCACCAUACCCACCACGUCCACCACUCAAGUCUAUAAUGUGUAAGAGGGGGGUGGCAGUGUUGGUGCAGGUAGGAGAGAAACCUCAGGAAAGAUUUUCUUCUCAAGGGUGUAGAAAUACUAGGUGGCCAAAUUUAACUGUAACUGCAGGCGGUGCGUCCUACUGACACAGCAUCUCGUUGACUGGAUCAUAUUAUAUUGAUAUUAACUAAAACAUCCCAGUAAAUAUAGUUUCUGUAUUUCUCCGUAAAUGUGAAGCAUUGCAGUUCAGUUUGUAUUUUCCCCUCAUGCAGCACUGUUGUGAUGAAAAGACUCAUCACUUAGGAUCACUCCUUGGUUUUUCAGUCUAAACACUUAGCAGUAUAUGUGGACCCGUCUGUUAAAGUAAUAAUGCGACAUUUAGGGGAGCAUGUGUUCCCUAGUCAAGCUGUAGGUGAGAAGAUUGAUACCAGUCUGAGACCUGUAUGGGUAAAUAUGAAGGUAAAGUUUGUAGCUAUUGAGCUCAGCAUUAAGACUGGAAACAGCUCGCCAGGCUCUGUCCAUCCCUGAUGACCAGCACCUCCAAAGCUCACUAAUAAACAGUAUUAAAACUGGAGAAGUGGAUUAAACAAAGAAGAUUUACUGUGUUUUAAUAAGUGAACUUUAAAGGUGCUGAAGAUGGAUUGUGUUUCUUUGGACAGAGCCACACUAGCUGUUUUCCUCUGUUUCCAGUCUUUAUGUGGAUCUAAGCUACAUCUCCUGGCUGCAGCUUGACUUUUCACUGACAGACUUGAGACUGGUAUCACGUCUGUCACCUUGGUUAUUGUUUUAAGGGACAGGGUUCAUAAAUACACUAAUCGGUCUGUUUUAGAGGAAUCGAACCAGCAACCAGGUUUAGUAACAGUAACGCUAAUCUUUUAGAGACACUGACAGCCCAGUGACAUUUAAUGGAAGCUUGUUUUUUCUUAGUUUUUUAUUUACAUGUGUUAUAUUUAUUUGCAUUUUGUAACAGUGCACUGAAUUUUACUGAUUAGACCAAGAGAAUGAAUUGUGUCUGAUGAUGUAAGAAUCCUUCUGGUGGACCGGGACAUUGUAGGGAGAGUUACUGUAGCCGCUGUAUGGAUAAUUGUUCAAUUGAAUUUGUAUUUUUAUUGUUGUUUUUGAAUUUAAGAUUUUUGUGAUCUCAAGCAAGUUGAAUGUAUUUUACGCGGACAACAAAUCCUGCAUCGCAAUUACAUGGAUUAUUUACUACGUUCCAUUUACUACGGUCUCACUCACACACACAUAGAAGUCAUUUUAACUACAAACUCCAGUUUUUUUCCAUAGGAAGUUCUACCAUCCUGCAAAAACGUUUUAAAUAUAAAUCAUUAUAAAUUCAUUAUUGUUCCAUGAAGUAAAGUCUCUCAUAACUUAAAAUUUUUAAAUCCUUCUGCACUUUAUUCACCUGAGGUCAUCAGCUAAUGUUCGACCUUGUGUUUUUUUAAAGGAGACACAUUAUGUUUUUUCAGUGUUUCUUUCCUCUGGUGUGUUUUAUUAUAUAUAUAUUUUUUGUGUAUGAAAAAGUUCUGCAAAGUUAAAAAACCCAAAGUUCAUGGUAAA